CAAAGGAACAAAGGAAGAUCAAGAUUCGGUGGCUGUCUCAGGCAAAAGGAAAGUGGAAAGUGUCUUGGGGAUGGAUAAAUUUAAGGCUGCGCUUGUUCUGGCUGGGGUAGGGGAUGCUCUCGGUUAUCGCAAUUUCUCCCGUGAAAACAAUGCCUUAGGUGCAAAAAUCCAGCAGGAGCUGAAGGAAAUUGGAGGGCUUGAGAACCUGGUGCUCUCCCCCGACAAGUGGCCAGUAAGUGACAACACGCUCAUGCACAUGGCUACAGCUGAGGCUGUCAUCACAGAUUACUGGUGUUUAGAAGACCUGUACCGGGAGCUGGUGAAGCGCUAUGUGGAUGCUGUGGACAAGCUGUCGGGCAGGCGGCCGGACCCCGCCACCAUCGAGGGCUGCAGGGAGCUAAAACCAGACAACCACCUCCUCGCCUGGCACACGCCCUUCAAUGAAAAGGGUUCUGGAUUUGGGGCUUCCACAAAAGCCAUGUGUUUAGGGAUGCGAUACUGGAAGCCAGAGAGGCUGGAGACACUUAUUGAAGUGAGCAUUGAAUGUGGACGAAUGACUCAUAACCAUCCCACAGGUUUUCUAGGGUCCCUUUGCACAGCUCUCUUUGUGGCAUACGCAAUACAAGGGAAACCCCUUGUGCAAUGGGGAAGAGAGAUGAUGAAGGUUGUGCCAAUGGCUGAAGAAUACUGUAAGAAGACCAUUCGUCACAUGGCAGAAUAUCAAGAGCACUGGUUUUACUUUGAAGCCAAGUGGCAGUUUUAUUUGGAGGAGAGAGAAAUCAAUGAGGAAAAUCAGAAUCAACCUGUCUUUCCAGCCAACUAUGAUGCAGAAGAGAGAGAAAAGACGUACCGGCGGUGGAGCUCCGAAGGCCGGGGGGGACGGCGAGGCCACGACGCCCCCAUGAUCGCCUACGACGCCCUGAUGGGCUGCGGUGGGGACUGGACAGAGCUCUGCAACCGCUCCAUGUUCCACGGAGGGGAGAGCGCGGCCACCGGCUCCAUCGCUGGCUGCCUGUUCGGCCUGGUGUACGGCCUGAGCAAGGUGCCCAAGGGCUUGUACCAGGACAUGGAACAAAGGGAGAGGCUCGAGUUCUUGGGAGAGAACCUUUACCGACUAUCCAUGGAGGAAAAGUAAAGCAGUUUCUGCCAUUUUCUCUUUCUAUAAAGACUAUAUCAAACCCUGUAGAUAUCUGACUGGUAUUCACAGUGAAGGAAGUAGCCCUGAGUUAAUCUGAAGAGCUCUAUUGUACAUCACGUGCAAGUGAAGAUAGCUGAGUUAUUAGGCCGGUUAGAGUAAUUAGACUGAUUAGAUAUAUGUGAUAUUUCUGGUUUUUUUUACUGAUGUAGGGAUUUCUAAAUAUAAGGAGUGCUGCUUAAACCUCAAAUGGCAAAAAAUAAAUAAAAUGUCUUUUGACUGAUUUCAGUCUAACUUGCUAUAAUACCACU